CUCCCUCCUCCCUCCUGCUCCCACCCCUUCCUCUCCAGACUCCCUUCCUCCGGAGUCGCCUCUCGCAGGGCGUCUGUCUGUCCGACCGAGGACGUCUGUGCUUACAGGCGCCGUCCCUAGGCAUGGGCAGCCAGGGAAACUGUGUGCCUAGGGUGACCGGCUGAGGUUGUCACCAUGGGCUGCUCUCCCAGCUGCCAGGAUGGGGGGCUGCCGGGCAAUCCCUGGCCCCGAAGCUCUGUCCCCCAUCUCCAUGGACCUUGUACUUCCAGCCGGAAAGGGGUCCCUGGUGAGCUCGGUCAUGGUGGCUUAAGGAAGCUUGCCUAGCAGUCCCCAGCGUGCAGUUCCCAUCCGUGGGAAGGCACGGGCUCCAAGAUGAUCAUAAAGGAGUACCGGAUCCCGCUGCCCAUGACCGUGGAGGAGUACCGCAUCGCCCAGCUCUACAUGAUCCAGAAGAAAAGCCGCAACGAGACGUUUGGCGAAGGCAGUGGCGUGGAGAUCCUGGAGAACCGGCCAUACUCGGAUGGCCCCGGCGGCUCCGGACAGUACACGCACAAGGUGUACCACGUGGGCAUGCACAUCCCCAGCUGGUUCCGCUCCAUCCUGCCCAAAGCAGCCCUGCGCGUGGUAGAGGAGUCCUGGAACGCCUACCCCUACACCCGGACCAGGUUCACCUGCCCUUUCGUGGAGAAAUUCUCCAUCGACAUCGAAACCUUCUACAAAACCGAUGCUGGUGAAAAUGCCAACGUGUUCAGCCUUUCUCCUGUGGAAAAGAACCAGCUGAUGAUCGAUUUCAUCGACAUUGUCAAGGACCCCGUGCCCCCCAAUGAGUACAAGACAGAAGAGGACCCCAAGCUGUUCCACUCCACCAAGACGCAGCGGGGGCCCCUGUCUGACAACUGGGUCGAAGAGUACAAGAAGCGUGUCUUUCCCCUCAUGUGCGCCUACAAGCUCUGCAAGGUGGAGUUCCGCUACUGGGGCAUGCAGUCCAAGAUUGAGCGGUUCAUCCAUGAUACUGGCCUGCGGAGGGUGAUGGUGCGGGCCCACCGGCAGGCGUGGUGCUGGCAGGAUGAGUGGUUCGGGCUGAGCAUGGAGAACAUCCGAGAGCUGGAGAAGGAGGCGCAGCUGGUGCUCUCCCGCAAGAUGGCCCAGUUCAGCGAGGACGAGGAAGCCACGGAGCUGUCCAAGGACGAAGGCGUCCAGGACCAGGUCUCUGGGGAGCCCGAGUCUGGCGGUGACGGCAGCAGCAGCGGGGAACCCCUGGCGGGACGAGGACUGAAGAAACAAUGGUCCACAUCUUCCAAGUCAUCUCGCUCAUCCAAGCGGGGAGCUAGUCCUUCUCGCCACAGCAUCUCCGAGUGGAGGAUGCAGAGCAUAGCCAGGGACUCGGACGAGAGUUCCGAUGACGAGUUCUUCGACGCCCACGAGGACUUGUCUGACUCAGAGGACAUGUUCCCCAAGGACAUCAGCAAGUGGAACUCCAACGACCUCAUGGACAAGAUCGAGAGCCGGGAGGCCGAGGAUGCGCCAGAUGGUCUGUAUCAGCCGAGCGCCCCCCGGUUCAGAGUGGCCUCCAGCGUGGAACAGCUAAACAUCAUUGAGGAUGAAGUUGGUCAGCCGCUGGCAGCGCCACCCUCUAAGGUGCACGUGCUGCUGCUGGUGCUGCACGGGGGCACCAUCCUGGACACGGGCACUGGGGACCCCAACUCCAAGCAGGGCGACACCAGCACCAUGGCCACGGUGUUCGACACGGUCAUGCGUGUGCACUACCCCAGCGCCCUGGGCCGCCUUGCCAUCCGCCUAGUGCCCUGCCCGCCCGUCUGCGCCGACGCCUUUGCCCUCGUCUCCAACCUCAGCCCCUAUAGCCACGACGAAGGCUGUCUGUCCAGCAGCCAGGACCACAUCCCCCUGGCCGCACUGCCCCUGCUGGCCACCUCCUCACCCCAGUACCAGGAGGCGGUUGCCACGGUGAUCCAGAGGGCCAACAUCGCCUAUGGAGACUUUAUCAAGUCCCAGGAGGGCGUGACCUUCAGUGGGCAGGUCUGCCUGAUCGGGGACUGCGUCGGGGGCGUCCUGGCCUUUGAUGCCUUGUGCCAAAGCAGCCAGGUCCUGGGUGAGAGCCGGAGCAGCAGCCGGCGGGGCAGCGUGGUCAGUGUGCAGGACACUGACCUCCUGUCCCCGGGCAUCCUGGUGAACGCAGCGCACUGCUCCACCAGUGGUGGCGGGGGUGCCGGGGGCUCCAGUCUGGAGAGCAGCCGGCACCUGAGCCGCAGCAACAUCGACAUCCCUCGAAGCAACGGCACUGAGGACCCCAAGAGGCAGCUGCCCCGCAAGAGGAGUGACUCGUCCACCUACGAACUGGACACCAUCCAGCAGCACCAGGCCUUCCUGUCUAGCCUCCAUGCCAGCGUGCUGAGGACAGAGCCUGGCGCCCGCCGCUCAAGCAGCUCCACCCUGCUGGAAGGCCCGGGGUCUCUGGGCAGGUUCGAUUUUGAGAUCGCAGACCUCUUCCUGUUCGGGUGCCCACUGGGGCUGGUCCUGGCCUUGAGGAAGACAGUCAUCCCUGCCCUGGACGUUUUCCAGCUGCGGCCCGCCUGCCAGCAAGUUUACAACCUGUUCCACCCCGCCGACCCAUCUGCCUCGCGCCUAGAACCCCUGCUUGAGCGCCGCUUCCACGCCCUGCCGCCCUUCGGUGUCCCCCGCUACCAGCGCUACCCGCUGGGCGAUGGCAGCUCCACGCUGCUGGUCGAGAGCGUGCAGAGACACCCUGAGCUGGUCCUGGAGGGCGGCUCCCUGGCCCCCAUCCCGCCCGGGGAUGGCUUUCUGGAAACCAGUAUCCCUGUGCCCACGCCCUCCGGGCAGGAUGGCCCCCACCAUGGCCCAGGCUGUGCUGAGCCUGAAGCUCUCCAGACCCACACCACCGUCUUCCAGGAGAUUGCUGCCCCCUCCUCACCUGGCACGGCCCCCCCAACCCGUGGCUUCCGCCGAGCUAGUGAGAUCAGCAUCGCCAGCCAGGUGUCGGGCAUAGCCGAGAACUACACAGCGUCCAGCAUCGCCCAGAAGGCCCCUGCACCACUCAGCCACACCCCCAGUGUCAGGCGUCUAUCCCUGCUGGCCUUGCCCUCCCCACUCCCCACGACCCCCAGGCCCCGCCUACAGGCUGGGCAGCCAAGCCCCCACCUGGAGAGGGCUGCCCACCUCCCAGACUUGGACAUCAGAGAAGUUGCAGCCAGGUGGUGGGGCCCAAAACGCAUUGACUAUGCGCUGUACUGCCCAGAUGCACUGACGGCCUUCCCCACCGUGGCCCUGCCCCACCUCUUCCACGCCAGCUACUGGGAAUCCACUGAUGUAGUCUCCUUCCUGCUGAGACAGGUCAUGAGGCAUGACAAUUCCAGCAUCUUGGAGCUGGACGGCAAGGAGGUGUCAGUGUUUACUCCCUCCAAGCCUCGGGAGAAGUGGCAACGCAAGAGGACCCACGUGAAGCUGCGGAACGUGACAGCCAAUCACCGGAUCAGUGACGCAGUGGCCAACGAGGAUGGCCCCCAGGUCCUGACUGGCCGGUUCAUGUACGGACCCCUGGACAUGGUCACCCUGACUGGGGAGAAGGUGGACGUGCACAUCAUGACGCAGCCGCCCUCGGGCGAGUGGCUCUACCUGGACACGUUGGUGACCAAUAGCAGUGGGCGUGUCUCCUACACCCUCCCCGAAACCCACCGUCUGGGUGUGGGCAUCUACCCCAUCAAGAUGGUGGUCAGGGGGGACCACACGUUUGCCGAUAGUUACAUCACCGUGCUGCCCAAGGGCACGGAGUUUGUUGUCUUCAGCAUCGAUGGCUCCUUUGCCGCCAGCGUGUCCAUCAUGGGCAGUGACCCCAAGGUGCGGGCCGGGGCCGUGGACGUGGUGCGGCACUGGCAGGACCUGGGCUACCUCAUCAUCUAUGUGACGGGCCGGCCGGACAUGCAGAAGCAGCGGGUGGUGGCCUGGCUGGCCCAGCACAACUUUCCCCACGGUGUGGUGUCCUUCUGUGACGGCCUGGUGCACGACCCACUGCGGCACAAGGCCAACUUCCUGAAGCUGCUCAUCUCCGAGUUGCAUCUGCGCGCACACGCGGCCUACGGCUCCACCAAGGACGUGGCGGUCUACAGUGCCAUCAGCCUGUCGCCCCUGCAGAUCUACAUCGUGGGGCGCCCCACCAAGAAGCUGCAGCACCAGUGCCAGUUCAUCACAGACGGCUACGCUGCCCACCUGGCACAGCUCAAGUACAGCCACCGGGCUAGGCCGGCCCGCAACGCGGCCACGCGCAUGGCACUGCGUAAGGGCAGCUUCGGCCUGCCAGGCCCGGGGGACUUCUUGCGCUCGCGCAACCACCUGCUGCGCACCAUCUCGGCGCAGCCGGGAGGCGCCGGCCUCCGGCACGAGCGGACGCAGGGCCAGGCGGACGGUGAGCGCGAGCUGCGCGGCCAGCGCAGUCUCAGCGUGGCCGCCGGCUGCUGGGGCCGCGCCGUUACCGGGCGGCUGGAGCCAAGUGCGCCGACUGGCCCCAAGUAAGGGUCCGUCCGCAGCGCGUCUCCAUGGUGCUAGGCCAGGCGCCUUCCAGCCUGGAGGCCCCAGCCGUCGCCAGGGAAAGCGCCUGGGGGCCGCGAUCCGUAUCCAAUCCUAGGAUAGGAGGCGCUGCGUGGCCACAGAGACGCACACUCUGCAUGGACCGUGGGGGGCUGCCGCCCAUCCCCUCGGUACCCUUCGGGCCACCGCACGGGUUCCGCGUAGACUUGCACCCGCGCCCGGACCUGCAUGACCCCAGCUGGCGCUGCAGGCAGCAGGCCGGAGGCCGGAGCUGGUGCCCACGCAGCCUCACCACACCGAGCCCGCGUCUGCCAAGGCCCCACGCCGCGCCCCUACCCGCGUUUCUACGCCUUUCUACUUCUCAGAUCUGAUUUCUAUGAGGUUUUUUUAAACAAGCAAACCUUGGCUGCUUCCUUUUCUUAACUCUUUCCGUACUGAGUGCAGCCCUCCCCGUGAGAACACCUAGCACUGUGACUGAGCCGGUCGGCGGGCUUGGGGGUUCCCUGGCCCGGUGGGUGGGCCCGGCCGGCAUUGGGGGCUUGACUCCCGACCUCCCCUGAAUUCCACUGAAUUUCUACUAGGGUGGGGGUGGGGCGGGGGCACACAUUUUAGUUUUUUUCUUUUAAUGCCAAUUCCGUUUUGAUGCCGAAUCUAAGAAGCCACAACUCGCUUCCUUAGCUUAUUGAGGGGCCAUCAUCCUAGGCUCCACUAGAACAAGGACCCUGCUCAGUUCACAGGGCCGAGCCUCCCUCCACCGCUUCUCCUAUGGCGCCUGUGCAGGGGUGCCUGGCUUCAGCCAGCUGAGAGCAGCGAGGGGCCCCCAUGGAGGUGGUGCCGUUUUCCUGUGUGUAGAUAUGUACAGCCAGAGUGGGGUGUAAAUGUUUUGCCCAAGUGGGUCUCAACAGAGUGGAAGCUAUUUAUUUUGUGCAGAAAAAAAGUCUGGAGGGACGGAGCCUUCAGGGUUUAUUCAUAUUUAAGAUGCAGCUUUGUGUUGUUGUCUCGGGCGUCGCGUAUAAAAGCAACGAUUAUGUUAUGGACCAAGUUUUAAUGUCACUGUUGCAGCCAAAGUGCAAUAUCCGGACCCCCUACCCCCUGCGGGACUGGCUCGGCCCGACAAUCAGCCCCACCAGGGGCCUCUUGUGGCCACUGCCUCCCCUAUCGGUCCCAUGUCACCCCAUCUUGCCUCCUGCCUAGGUGACUAGCCAUCUGGAGAAGCGCCUGGAAGAGUCCCGGGCCGCCUACAAUAAAGGCCUGGAGGCUCCUGGCGCAAGGAGGCCGAGGGGUCAGGGGUUGGCCUGGCCCCAGGGACAGUGGCCUCCCCCCACUGCUCUGGGCCUGCCUGCCUGCCAGCCAUGUCAAGGACCACAGCAAUAGUCCCCUGGCCUCUCCCUCAGCCAGAGCUGGGCAGCACCCCACGCCACCGCCACUCUCUUCUGGACCCAGGCCGGCUUCUCGCCUCCCAGUCCCUGAGGCGCAGCCUCCUUGGGAGCAAGCGCCAGUCUUUUCAGAAACCAAGGGAGGGCAGCCUGGCCCUCCACAAAAUACCAAAAAUGUUUACAGCGUUAGGUACUGAGCUGCUGUGCUCAGGCCUGACCAGUCAUAACCAAAGGGUGAGGCGGGCCUCUGCUGACUGCCAGCCCCAGGCCUGUACAGUAAGCCUUAGCCCUCCCCGCACCCCCCUCUCCAGGACCCCACCACCUGCCUUCACUACGAUUUCAUUCAGCAGAGGCCCCACCCCCCCUCCUGGCUCGUCAGCACAUCACACCUCCCCACCUCUGUCCCUGUCCCGUCUGUAUCUGGGCCAGUGUGUGAGCCGUGUCUUGCCUCAUCCCGCCCACCCGCGCUGUCCUUGUAUCAUCAGGCCUGCGUGUGCUGUGUUGUCAUAGUCUGUUACACCAAUUAAAGAAGCAGGAAGGCUUC